GCAGGGGCUUCUGCAGAUAUGAAACUGCCAGGAGAGUUUAGUUCAUGUUUCUAGCAGACAUGAACAGAGUAAGAAAAAGGGAUUCAAACAUAACUACUUUGCUGGAACUGAUGUGAUGUUCUUUGUGUUGUCAUUACUUCCUCUUUUUUUAACUGCUGUCCUCUAUUAUUAUUCUUUUCAUGAAAUAGAGACCUUUAAACUCUUGUUUUGUUUUGUUUUGUUUUGUUUUGUUUUGUUUUAAUCCUGUUUCCUAUUUUAAAAAUAUUUAACCUUCUCAGUGAAUAUGCUGUGCACAAUAACACAUGAUGGCCACCUCUUGGUAAUGUCUGUUAUUUAAAGAAGAGAUUUCUGUCCAUGUUGUAGGGUCAUGCAUGAACACAGUUCACUUUCACUUGCAGUAACAUGCUGAUCCCAGAAGGUGACAAAUGUACUUAUGAACCUGCAGUAACCGGAGAACGAGCUCCUGAAUUAGCUUAUCCUUAUCAACACUGACUACAUGUGGAGUCACAAAUGAUUGUGGGAGAAGGCCUUCAGAAUCUUUUGGAAACUUCUGUUGUGAUUGACUCUAAAAGCCAUGUUUGCCUCCUAAAAUUGAAGAGAAGACCAUACAAUUUUGAAAGACUAUCUAGUAUGUUAGAUAUUCAGAACUCACUAUGUCCCUUACCUAAUUAUCCCUCAUGCUCCCUGUUUAAAGGAUGGAGAAACUGAAGUUGGCAUAAGAGAUAGUUCACAGAGAUCACAAAAGUAGCUCUUGAUCCUUUGAGCAGAGCAACAGUCUGGCUGUUUUUCAACCAGCUGGCCAACUUUAUGCAUUUAUUUCUAUAAAAGAUGUGGCAACAGUGCAGACUGGCCUAUGUGUGGUCAAUCUAUGACAGUCAUUUGUCCAAGGUAGCUAUUUCUUUGUGUUUCAGAGGCAGCCUGUCUCCAUCAAGCUGAUUCAUACUGAUUUACUUCUUCCUCCUGUGAAGUAUAGCUGACUUGAGAAAUUCUGGUUUUAUACUUUCUUUUAAAUUCUAUUUUUAUUUUUCUAACCAACGUGAAAGGUGUUCAACAAUUCAGACCUACCCUUAGAGGAAACCUGUUCCCGGUAAUGAAAUUUCUUUUUUGUCCAAUGUUGUCUUUCUGAAAGAAACAAAGGUUUUUUGCAAAAGCAGUCUUAAAAAUGUAGGAAUAUUAAUCACUGAUCUUGAGACAUUUACUGUCAGGCAAACAAAGAAAAAAGCUGAGUCUCUAUCAAAUGUUUUAGUUUUGUAUUUGGAUGACCAGAUCAUAGUAAACCAUAAUCCUCCUAAUUUGUGACAAAUUAGAACAGCCUUGAUAAAUACAAAACUAAAUACAGAACUAAAUGAAGAUAUUAGCUAUGGAGCUAAUUACUUGUGCAUAUAGUGGCUAUGUGGUAGCUGAGAUAUAGGGUAAGACUCUAUUCUUUUUUUUUCAAAAUAUUUGCAUAACAGCAUCUCCUUCUUGUUUUAUUUUCUUUAACGUAUUUGUUUUUUAACCACUGUAUUGACUUCCUGCCUGGCAUAACAGGCUUUUCAAGGAAUAGAAAUUUUCAUCUGAAAAGUUUACCUUAAAACAGCAAUUUCAAGUAGCCACAUUUAAGCUCCCCGUAAGGACCCUUAUUCUCUUCCGAGCAGGGAUCACAUUACGUACUAGGCUUUUGAAAAGCAACAACACCACUGCCAAAGUCUCACUACCCUUAAUGACUUCUCAUGUAUCACGUAGCCUUUUUGCUGUCAAAUGCCAUUGGAGUGCAAAUAGUUUGGUCCUUGCUAGGGCUGAUGUCACUGAACUGAGUGCAUUUAGGGUAUGCAUCUCUAUAUUCACUUCAUUUGGAAAUAGAGAAAUAUAUAUGUAAAGAAAAGAAUGGAUGAAAGGCUUUUUUCUGCUAAAUAAUUUGGGUGUCUCUUCUCUCUGUUUUAGUCAAAUACAUGAGAGUAGUUUAUAAAUUAGUUGAGCUGGAGUUGCCAAACUUGGCUGUAUAUCUGAGCAGCCUGGAUGGAAAGCCUUUGCAACUGAUAUUGUCCUCAAGCAGCUGAUCAUCAGAGCAUUUCCUUCCCAUACCCAAACCAGCAAAAUGACCACAUCCAGCAGGCAGAGCUCUUCUACGUCUAUGGUCAACAACUUGGCCAAAGUAUUUGAUCCAAACACUUUGCAAAACCAAGGGCCAGGUAAUGGAAUGGAACCUCCUCAAAUUCUUCAUGUUGAGAGAAGUGAUGUCAGCACAUCUGAAAGUUUCAACAUCAUGGAUAUGAAGUUUGCCUCCCUUGAAGAGAAAAUUGAUAAACUGUUGACUCUGCAGGACAAUGUCCUUAAGAAGCUUAACAGUUUUUCCCAAGAAAUCUGUUGCAUUGAAAAAGACAUGGAGAUGGUAAAGGCGGAAACAUCUGAACCUGGAUCAAGGAUGGAAAGAAACAAAAAAAUGAGAAAUAAUGAAAUGAAGAGACUUUGCCUUAAAAUGAAAAAAUCCCUUUCUGAUAUAAACAGAAAAGCUGAGCAGCAGGUUAAAAGGCUAGAUGGACUUGAACAAAGUGUUUCUGGACUACAGAAACUUGUAGGACCUCUGGUAGAAAAGGUGAAAACAUUAAUAAUUCAUAAUUCAAGUGUAAAACAUCAUGUUAAAAAACGUAAAGUUUGCAAGGCAGGAGCUGGACAUCCCUUUAGGAUGCACAUUUUCUCGGAGACAACAGCUGGUGAUCUGCUCAAGAAGAAAAAUGAAAAGGCCAUCAAAGAAAAGUCACAUUUCAAUGAAACAGAAACAAAAGAAAAGAAGCCACCAGAUUCAACAGAUGGGGACAUCCAGCAGAGUCAAUCCUGCUCUCAGGAAGAAGAAAUUGAUAAACUCAACAAGGAAAAUGCCAAGAGGGAAAGUUCCCUUCUGCUUGAAGUGGAUCCUCCUAAGUUUCAUACUGAAGAGUCAGAGGAGAAACAAGAAAGUUUGUCUUUAGAAAGUCAUCACGAAUAUAGGAGAAACUCUUUUCAGGAAUCCUUCCCUCCAGAAAAGCAGCAGGAAGAAGAUGUUGUUGAUGAUGGUUGUCAAAAAUUAACUGUGCAGGAGAUAGAGAGUGAGUCUCCAGCAGUCGAGGAGAGGAAGGAACAUCAGGUGCCUGAAGACGCACUUGAGGAACAACAAGAGGAGAAAGAGAGUGAAGGGAAGGAAAAUGCUGAUAAGAGUGAAAAAGGUGCUGAGGAAGCACCAGCUCCUUCCCAAAAGGAAGAUGAGGCAGAACAAAAUGAUGAUGAAGAGGUAUCAGAGGGAAGGUGUAAAAGCUGCGAAAAAGAUGAUAUUCCUACUCCACCAGCACCAUUUGACCACCGGAUUGUCUCAGCCAAAAGGGUGGGGAUCAGCAAUUAUUAUAAUGUCAACGAGGAUGAAAUUCUGGGAGGAGGGCGUUUUGGGCAAGUGCACAAAUGUGAAGAGAAAGCAACAGGUCUCAAGCUGGCAGCCAAAAUUAUAAAAGCACAAGGCCCAAAACAGAAGGAUGAAGUAAAAAAUGAAAUCAAUGUCAUGAACCAGCUGAAUCAUGUCAACCUCAUCCAGCUAUAUGAUGCCUUUGAAUCUAAAAAUGAUAUUGUACUCGUCAUGGAAUAUGUGGAAGGAGGAGAGUUAUUUGACCGAAUUAUUGAUGAAAACUACAAUUUGACAGAGAUGGAUACAAUCUCGUUCAUAAAACAGAUCUGCAAGGGAAUUCAGUACAUGCACCAAAUGUACAUUCUUCAUUUGGAUCUCAAGCCUGAGAAUAUCCUGUGCGUGAACCGAGAGGCAAAUCAAAUAAAAAUUAUUGAUUUUGGAUUGGCAAGAAGAUAUAAACCCAGGGAAAAACUUCGAGUUAACUUUGGAACUCCAGAAUUUCUUGCUCCUGAAGUUGUGAAUUAUGAGUUUGUCUCUUUUCCUACAGACAUGUGGAGUUUAGGAGUCAUUGCUUAUAUGCUCCUCACUGGAUUGUCUCCUUUUUUGGGUGAUGAUGACAAUGAGACCCUCAACAAUAUCCUGGCCUGUAACUGGGAUUUUGAAGAUGAGGAAUUUCGAGAUGUUUCUGAUGAGGCCAAAGAUUUCAUAUCAAAGCUUCUCAUCAAGGAAAAAUGCUGGAGAUUAAGCGCAACUGCUGCCUUAAAACACCCAUGGUUAACAGACCACAAGCUCCACUGCAGACUCCAGAGAAAGGCUAAAGGUGACUGUGUGUCUCAAGCACCCCUGGCUAAAUAACCUCUCUGAAAGAGCUGCCAAACAGAAGAAAAGCUGCUGUGUGGUUACUGCUGCUAAGAGAUUUGAAAAUAUCAGCAGUCUCGGUGCUUUAACCCCCUGCCAUGACUGAGACUUCUACUAAAUGGACCAACAGCACUUUAGUUGCAGGACAAGUCCCAGCAUUGUGAAGCUGCUUCUUCUCUACUCAGCUGUUAAAAGAAGGAAAGUAUUACUCUGGGUUGCAGGAGCGUGUUUCUUCUGAAGUACCAUGUUCUCCCUGCCUGCAAGUGCUACAUUAGCUUGGUUUCAUAAUGAACUUCAUCUAGUCUUAUGUCCUCAUUUACUCAUCAAAGGCUCCUUAAAGUUUAAAUUAUCAUGUAAAACUAACUGUUUCUCAUCUGAGCCCAGAAGGCAAUCUGUCACUAUGUUGUAUCUGUAGCCAAGGUUCAUUUGAAACUAGAGUCAAAUAAUUAAAAAAAAAAAAAUUGCAGUGAAUUGAAAGCUGCCUUCGGGAGAUUUGAAGUAUGUUUUUCCUGUCACACUAAAAUGAGUUAAGGAUUAGCUCAACCAGAGUUAAAGCCAUGUUAAUGUAACACCAGUGGAAGGGAGAAAUGAGGCUUUCCUUGUGUACAGGUGAAUUUGCUGCAGCUGUGGUAUGGUACAUCUCAGGAUUUUUCAGCCUGAUGAAUUACUGCUCGCUGUAAAUACACUUGGAUUAAUUAAACAAGAAAGAGAACAAGGCACUAUUCACUUGUACCCGUGCAGACCCUGUUCUCCAAAAUGCAAAUAUAAUUCAGAGUUAUUUUAACAGAGGGUGAUUUUAUAUCAGCUAAUCUGUUUAAUGCUAAUUUAACUGACUAGGACCACUGGGAAAGAGGGGAGUCAGUGCUUCGCUCACUAUGACUUCUGAGUAAGGGCUCAAGUAAAAAUCCUCUGUAUUUCUAGUUUUCUUAUUUUGCUCCCAAGCCUUUCAGAUUCUUAACUAGGUAAAAAAAAAAUAGGAAUCAGAACCGUUGAAUUCUUCACCUGAAAUUUUUUGAUUAUGGCUCAUCAUUAACUGAAUCUAAUUUGCCAAGGCUCUGAAGUUAAAAUAAUGAGAAUUCCUGCUGUAUAUGGCUUUCUUACUGCUUGGUUUCAGAACUACAUAAAUGCAAAUUGUAAUGAGUAUUUUAUUUAAUCAUGCUGUUGUGGUGUCUUUACAUUGUCUUUGCUUAAUCCAGUUCUAUUAUCAUAGCUAUCUCUAUCUAUGCAUUUCAUAUGUUUAUAUAUUUAAGUUCUGUCUUUUUAAAAAAGGGAUCAACAUAAAGACAAAACAGUAUUAUUCAUCACCACGCAAUGAAUUGCUUCUCACACCUUUGUCCUUUCUGGAUAGCAUUCAUUUUGAAAUAAAAAGGGGCCCAUUAAUGGGACAUCAUGGCCAUCACACUCUCCACAGUUUGAUCCAAUAUUUUAAAAUCAUUGUAGUACAUCCCUUAGGACUGCUCCUGUAAAUGAACUGGGCAUCUUACAACUGUGACAUCUUAGUAAUACUGAUGUGUUGCACCAGAGGUUGCACAUACUGCUAUCAUGCACUGCCACACCAUGUAGCUUUUAUAUGAUAUAGAGCACUGCCGCCUUCAAAUCCUCAUCUGUAGUCUUUACUAAAGUAAACUUUGCCAAGCAGAAAUGGAAGUUUCUUUGGGAAAAGACUGAGCGGUCUCAAAGCCAGAAAACGAGCACAUGACUUCUAGAUAGAAGCUGGGCUGCUUGUUUUUAGUCACUAUUUAUAUUUGUCUGGUCAAAAUGAAUAGAAAAGUUGCCUUUCUGUUAGGGUUGGAGUUCCCACUCCUGUUCUGACUGUCUUCAAGGUAUAGUAGCUUCUUGUAAAGUAAACAACUCAAUGAUCAGACUAAAAUGCAGCAAACCAUUCUGGAAUUACAGGAUCUCAUUAUGCACUUUAGUGCCAUUGUAGAAUUGGAUGAGGAUUUUGUUUUUCCUUUGGUAGAUUUUACAUGGAUAAAUUGCAUGUAACUUAGAAUCUUUUUAACAAUACUAAAAUAAUGACUACAUUCUUUUCUGAUUAGUUGCUCAGUUGAAUUAAGAGGAUUUAUUACUUGUUGAUAUAUACAUCUGAGUAGUGAUUAAGAGCUUAGUGCCAUGAAGAUCAGCCCAGUGUUAGAAUGUGUUGCUCUGAAUCAACCACAAAUCCUCCAGGAGCUAGGAAAAUGUGGGAAAAUGUGGCCCCUGUUGAGCACAUCCCCCAGAUUCAUCUGUACAGUGCUUUGUCAAAAAUAAGAAUGAGUGGGAGGAUAGAAAGAGGUAUUUUCCCCACCUUGAGAAUUUAGGCAUGAGGGGACCCCUCAGCAGCCUCUCGCUUCUGCUACUGGGCAGUGUGCUAACACAAUUAAGGCAUUUAACUUCCAUUCUUCAUAACAUGGAUAAUGGUGGUCCCACUCUAGAGUCUUGUCUGUAAAUUGCCCCACUGUUUCAUUCUUAGAACAGCUCCUGCAGCAGGGGCUGAAUUUGAGGGAGGGCCAGUCAGAGGAAGUUGGACUGAGCAAGUCUCUGCAGUGACUGAAGGUGCCAUUUGGUGCCCAGGGAUAACUCCAAGUGGGCGUGCAGGUGUCCAGUGGAGGAGGAAAGAAUCCCAAGUGCACUUCUGCUUUUUGCUCCAGGGGUGCUGGAUCUGCAGCACUGAGUCAAAAGGGUGGUACCUUACCUAGGGCCUUACUGUCACCAAGGGUGAAAAAUUAUAUUGCUGCUGUGUAUAGCAAUGUGCCUGAGAAAAAUGUCUCCAAAAAUGUUCAUUUGUGUCUUGUAUCCACCUCAACAUGAGAAAGUGCUUCUUUACAUUGAGGGUGGCAGAGCACUGGAACAGGCUGCCCAGGGAGAUGUUCCAAACCCUCCUUGAUGCUUUAGGUGACCCUGCCUUGGCAGAGGGGUUGGACUAGAUGAUCUCCAGAGGUCCCUUUCAACCCCAAAAAUUAUGUGAUUCUGGGAUCUUUCCUGGCUGUUGUAAUUUUAGUGAAUAAUAGCUUGAGACAGAUUCUUUUUAGUGGCUUCCUAAUUGUAUCUCAUUGCAUGUUGAGCAGCAUGCUGUUUUGUGUGUGUGCUCACAUAUGCAAGUUUGAUUUGCAUUCUGUUUUACUUUGCCCUACCUCUGGAAACAUUCUAGGGUGAGUUGGACAGGCCUGUAAGUAACCUAAUCAAGCAAGAGACCUCAUUUCUCAAUGCAGGGAGGUUGGACUAGAUGACCUUUAAAGGUCCUAUUCAAUUCAAACUAUUGUAUGAUUCUAUGAUUUUAUGAUUUAAGUAUGUUCUGAAAUGACUGCUAGCUAAGUCCUGCUCUGUUAAAUCAUUGUUUUGACACAUCAUCAUUUAUUUUCUACUAGGUCAUAAUAAUACUAAGGCUGCUAGCUUCUAUUAAGUCACCUACAUCUGUGUGAGUUUGCUUAUAAUUUUUGCUACAUAUUGGCUUAUGUGAUUGCAUUUGGAAACUGUGAAUUGCUGUGCUCGUGAGCAAGUUUGGGUGUGAAAGGCACAGUUCUAGCUGCUUUUAUAUUCACUGUACAUAUUUCACUGCAUACUCACGGACAGACAGGGACGACUGCAGGUACCUCAAGAAUGGUAUACAAACAUCAGUUGCGGUGGGAAGGAUGAAGUGCCCAGAUGCAGUGCUUGUCUUGUGCAUUCUUCCUGACAUGUAAAAAUUAAAAAAUAAAAUCCUGGGAACAUGACAAGUGUCACCUGGCACUCAUAAGAAUCAGGACACGGUCAUUCCCACUCCUAUAGAUGCAGCAGGUAUACUGGAUGCCAGAUAUACUGGAGUAGUCGAAGACUGACAUCAAGAUUAGAAGCAAAUAUACUUGGCACAAGAUGGGACACCAGUGGUUUUUCAACUGCUUUUAUGUGUUGUACAUCCUGAUUAUGAAAUGGGUAAAAACCUCUUCUGCAGAAAGAUCUCCAUGCUAUCAUGUCCAUGUUUGUGAACACCUGCAGCCAGUCACUCCUCUGGGUACCCUCACAGCAUAAGCAGUUGGUAACCUGGACAAUCCAUUCUGGAGAUUACAAGAGCAGCCGCUUUUUAAUUUUGUUUUUAUAUUACCUCUAAUGUCAGAAGCUGAAUAAAGUUAAAGCCAAGCUAAAUUCUUGAUUCCAACCAGGAAUAACAGGGUAGCUCACAGAAAUAAAUAAGGGAAGUGCUAGAUCCACCUUUUGUGAUGUGAGUAGUAGAAGAGCCCAGUUUAACCAUCCCGCCUUCCUGCCAAAAAUAUCUACUUUGCACCAGUCCUGAUCACUAAUAAUGAAAGGAACCUUACUCUUUUUAACAGUGAAGGAAUCUCAAUCAAGAAACGGUUUUUAUGCAGCGGGUAAAUUGCUGCAGUAAAAGUCAAGUUAUUUUAGCAUUUUUAGUUUAAUGCUGACACUAUAAAUCACUGACAGCCUCUUUCAGCAAAAUGGCCCCCACCAGGAGCUGUGAGAAACGAAGGUGUUUGUCAGCUCUUCUCCACUGAUGGAAACCUGGAAACAUUGGAUUCCGUUCCUCUGGAUCCGAGAGCAGGGCAAUUCUUAGCUUUUGGACUUUUUGAUACAUGGUAAUGGAUGCAGUAUUGCACCCUGAGUAGUGAUGAAUGGAUGAAUGAGCACCGAUGCUCCAAACUCCUCCCAGGAGGUUGAUGCAUCUUCACAUACUACUUUUAUCACUGAUACAUGCUUGUUCUUGCAUCUCCUGUGAAUAAAACUAAACACUGCAUGAAUCUGUUUAGGAAUGCUAGACUGUUUCACCUUCCAUGAAGGCUUGGUAGCUGAACAACUAACUACCUGUUUCAAACUUAGAUGAAGACUGGUAGAGAUGGUGCUUUGUAAAUAUGUUGUUUAGCUGCGUCUGUAGAGUUGGUGGUCUCAUUUUGGUGUGGCAGAACUAAUGUUUAUGUACCCCACAACAACUUCCCUUGAAUUUAGAGGACAGGCAUGUGGCAACUAAAUCAUGAAGCGUGUGGAUUUUCAUGUACCUUAUCACUUUGGUUUGCAUAUCUGGUUUUGUAGAUUAACUCAUGUAUCUCUGGUAUGUGUUCUUUUGUGAAAACCAUGAAGCAAUCUUGUAAAAAGAUGAAUGAGGAAUAAAUGCUGAUUUUGUUUA